AUGGCUGAACCAAUCAAAAAUAAACGCUUGAACGACCUCACGGGCGCUCCAACCCCUCAAAACACACCAGCUACUGCUGCUUCUUCUUUCAUCUCAAGAGCAGCAGAUGCUAAACCUUCUGUUUCUACCAUUGCUGAAGAAGAUGGUGCAAGUGGUGCUGCUGCUGCUGUGGCUGCUGCUGCCGCUGCUAACCCUGCUGCUAACCUCUCUCUUCUUAAUAUGAUUCAAGGUCGUCUCUCUGGACUUAUUAACGCCCCCUCUGGUUACCUCGAGACUCUUCCAUCUGCUGUUAAGGCCCGUGUAAAUGGUCUGCGUGCAGUUCAAUCAGAACAUGAUAAGCUUGAGGCCAAAUUCCAGGAAGAACUUUUGGAACUUGAAAAGAAAUACUUUGCUCUUUACUCUCCUCUCUAUGCUAAGCGUGCUCAAAUCAUCUCUGGUACUCUUGAACCUACCACAGAAGAAAUUGCCCAAGGUAAAAAGAUUGCUGAAGAGCUUCAAGAAGAGUGGGAUGAACAAGAAGGUACUUCUAAGCCUCGUCUUGAAGAAAUUUCUGAAGAAGAUGAUGAAAAGAAGGAUGAUGAAGAAGAUGAUGAAGAAGAUGAAGACGAAGAUGAAGAAGAUAAAGAUGAAAAGGCUGUUGGUAUUCCAAAUUUCUGGCUUACUGCCCUUCGUACUCUCCCAGAAAUUACUGAACUUAUUACUGACCGUGAUGCUGAGGCCCUUGGUUUCCUUAAGGAUAUUCGCAUGAAGUACCUUGACCAGCCUGGGUUUGCUCUUGAGUUUGACUUUGAAGAAAACCCCUUCUUUUCAAACAAGACUCUUUCUAAAACAUACUUUUACCAAGACGAGCCUGGUUAUGGUGGAGACUACAUUUACGAUCAUGCCACUGGUGACGAUAUUGCAUGGAAGUCUUCUGAACAAAACCUGACAGUUAAGAUUGAGAAGCGCAAGCAACGUAACAAGCACACCAAGGCCACCCGUACCAUUGAGAAGAGUAUUCCUGUUGAGUCUUUCUUCCACUUCUUUAGCCCCCCCACCCCACCUUCUAUUGAUGACGAAGAUGAAGUCGACCGUGAUGAGGAUGAAGAUGAGGAAAUCGAGGCCAAGCUUGAGCUCGAUUACCAUAUUGGUGAGGUCAUUAAGGAGAAACUGAUACCCCGCGCCAUUGACUGGUUUACGGGUGAGGCUCUUCGGUACGAGGAGUAUGAUGAUGAGGAUGAGUAUGGUGGUGAGUUUGAUGAUGAUGAAGAUGAAGAUGAAGAUGAUGACGAGGAUGAUGAUGAUGAUGAUGUUCCCCGUGGUGGAGCAAAGAAGGAUGAGGAAUGCAAGCAAUCUUAA